AUGAGUAGGGGGAAAUGCAACGCUACCAAGCCACGGCCGAGCGACGUGCAUCACUGCGAUGUGUAGUUAGAUUUUUCAAGAGGUGCACGUCAGGCUACGGCGUAGGGUCUGGCGUAGACACAGAGGGGUCUGCGGGGCUACGCCGUCAAUUCGACGCAGAAGCAUAAAACAUCCAAAAUAAAUGUGAUACUUGUCUCCCAGAUGGUUGCAGACCCUUUGAUUCAUAUAUCUUCCACUCACCUUAGAGAAUCUGGUGUUGUUAACCCUCAAGUUCAAAUUAGCCUGUAUUUCUGUUUUUAAUACUGUACAUACUUUUCCAAAUUAAACUCCUGUUUAAAUUUACACUUGAUGAUUAACCUGACACUUUACAUUUACAAUUUUAUUCUGACUGCAGUCAGAAGUUUUGUAUAGCUGCAUAUUCUACCAGCACUGCUAUAUGCUAUGCAAACGCAAGUGCUUUCCAUGUGGUAGUCGUGAUAUAACCUUCAUAUAAUCAGGUAAUGUCAUAGAGAUCAAGGUCUUUUUCCACAGAGACCUAAGUGCAGCAGAGAGAGAAAGAAAAUACAAACCUAGCCAGACAAAGCAAAAGGACGAAUGCAUGCACAAAUAUAACCAGACAACAAAAGAACAUACAGAAUAGAGAAGAACAUAAGAACAUAGAACAUAGCAAUACAUAACAAAUACAUAACAAAAGCACAUACAGCAUCAGAGACAAUCACAGACAUUACUAAAUAGAUUAAAAGUCAAAAGUUUAAAAUUGGCCUGUGCGAUGAGUAUUCAAGUUUUUUAAAAUCCUCUGGAAUGCAUUACAUUUAUAAGGAUCUGUGGAAAAAGAGAACGAUGGGUGAAAAGAAUCAUUAUCAUCAAAAGUUAAGUGAAUGCAUUUGAAGUUGUGAUCACUGGAUAACUGCAUUUGUGGUCUUUAAACACAAUUGGCAAAAAUGCAUCAAAUGAAUGGAGAAAAAAUAUAAUUGUAUUUUUCCCUUAAAACCUCAGCCUGCCCCAUCUAAAAAUAAUUUGUUUUAUAUUCACGCAUUUCUGUUCCCCAAAACGAUUUGUUCCAAGAGUCACGUAAACUUGGUUCGGCUACGUUUACAUUUACUCAUUAAAGACCCGAACACACCAAGCCGACGGUUGGCCAAAGUUGGUCCUCCGCCCUAUUUUUUUGCAGUCUGUAGACUACUCUUCUCUGUAUCAUGAUUGUUGCUAGACUGAGAAAUCCAUCCCCUAGCAAGCUAGCUAGUUAACUUGCCAGACUGCUGGACACUAAAUGUGUAGAAAAGGCCCCAAAGUUAUGUUGGUGUUGUAAUUGUUUGGUACAGUUGACCAUAUUGUGUUUUGUGUCUCCCGUUUGCUCUUGUUUAUUCAGUGCUUGUAACAGAGUGGCCAAAGCGUGUGCUGAUUGGUAUAUUAGAGGUGACGUCACACAGUUAAUAAGCAGUAAGAUAGUUAGUCGGUCAGUUGUACUGUAGUUGUGAGCAGCAUCUUGCUUCAGAGUGUGCGUAAAUGAGAAGAAAACCACACUCGCACUCACAUGUACAUAAAGCGAAGAGAAAGAAAUAAACACAAAGGAACAUCUCUCAGCUCUUCAUUCAUUUAUGCUCUGGAUAUUUGGCCUUAAGUUGUGUUCUGGCCGACACACCUGCAUGAACCUAGUGAUAACCCUGUAACUAGCACCUAGACUGAGCAUCUACCCCUUAUCUACACUACAUUGAUGGUCCUUCGAGCCGGAUCACUGGGUUUACGUCAGAGAUGGAACUACAUCCAGAGUAUGAUGCUAGUGGUGCACGCCCAAAACGGCACACUCGCCCACCUGUGCGCUAUGCAGAUUAUGAGGUCGAUCAUCUGGGCUACAUCGGUCAGAGGUACAGAGAGGAAUUAGAGAAUACUCACCAGGAGGGAAAGGCCAGGAUGACAUCCCUCACCUCCCCUUAUGACUCUCCCCUUCGCCUGCAGAGGCGGGAUGCUAUUCUUCAAGAGAUGGACCUGGGCUAUAGGGCUGAGAGCCAACAGUACAGCCAGAAGGAUCAGCUAGCCCCCCAGCGGUUUCCAGAGAGGGAGUUUAGGGAACAGUUACAAGAUUACUCUACGCCCCUACCUCCAGCGCUGCACCCCAUACAUCCACAUGAGGACAGCCGAGUUGAGUUGGACGACAUUCGUCGUGAAAGACGCCUCCUGCAACAGACACAGCGGCACAUGGCAUCGGAUUUAGUCGAGCUUAGAGGGCUGCGAGCAGAGAUGAGACAAUUAGUAGAUGCUGUUUGCAACAUACAGAGUCCAACAUCUCUUCAUACCAGAACACCAGAGUUAACGGUGAUGCCGUUGCAGCCACCUGUUGAAAGUGAACCUAAAGCUGAUGAAGAGGAUGAUUGGCCUGCACCACCGCCAUGGCCAGCCCCAGUAACAGAUGAGCUUCUGCCUGGUGACCCACCCAUGCUACAUCCGCUUAUUAGGAGAAUAGAUGAGGCUCCAAGAAUUAAGGAAGAAGCACGGCCACCCCCACCUCCUGACAUGUUCGUGGGCCAGCCACAAGCUAGCCACUCAGCCCAGGGGACCCAUCCACCUCCCUGGUUCAAGCCCGUUCAGCUUCGGCCGCAGCCGCACAGUUUACCUCCAGCUGAGCCCAAGUACUCUACAGCUUAUAGUGGUCAACGGAGUGAGCUUGGCUGCAACCCAACGCCCCCACAGCAACAUUCAGGCAUGGCAUGGACACAGCCCCUGCCCUUCAGAUCACCUCAGGGUCAUAACUCCAACGUCCCAGAGCCAAGUUACCGUGGGCCACGCCCAACAAUCCGCAACUUCUCAAGUCGGGACCCAAGUGAGUUCGCACGGCUCAAGAUUUCAUUGGAGAACCUCUUACCACAUGAUGCAUCUGAGCUGUUUAAAUACCAAGUGUUGGUCGAUCACUUGCAACUAGAAGAAGCCAGGUUAAUAGCAGACGCUUACCUUAACUCCCCAACACCCUUUUCAGACACAAUGGUUGCCCUAAAUGACAAGUUUGGCCAACCACAUCAGAUAGCGCUAAAGCGUAUUGCUGCUGUGAUGGACUCACCAGACAUAAGGCGGGGAGACUUUGCUGCAUUUGAGAAGUUUGCACUCCAGAUACAGUCACUUGUGGGAAUGCUGAAGACACUAGGCCACGAGGGUGAAGUGGAACUACAGUGUGGCUCACAUGUUGCUCGUCUGCUGAGCAAGCUGCCACCUGAGCAGAGAGCCGAGUUUCGCCGCUGCAUGUACCAUCAGGGCACACAAACCCACACCUUAACUAACCUUGCAGAGUGGCUGAAAUAUGAAUCUUGGUGCCAGGACUCUGAAGGACAGUUAGCUGUGAGAGGAGCUCGGGAGAAGCCAGUGUCCAGACCUGAGGGUAGGAAGGGUAAGCAACCCACCACUGUUCUCCAUGGUGUGAAGGACGCCACUAAGAAACCAGAGGCACCAGUGCCAAGCAGCUCCUUCAAAGGUAACAAGAGCAAGCCAUAUUGUCCAUUCUGCAAUAACGAUGAACACUACCUCAGUCAGUGUACAGAGGUAUCCAGGCUAACAAAGGAUCAGCUGACCGAAUGGAUAAAAAGCAACAAGAGGUGUUGGCGUUGUGCACGGCCACACCAGGCGGCUCAGUGCAACUUAAAAAAGACAUGCAGCCUCUGCCAAGGCAAACACCUCCAGGUGCUGCAUGAGGUGAACAUGAGGCCACCUAAGGAGGCAGCAUCAAUACAGGCAGCGGAAAGCCAUGGCACAAGGGGCACAACAGAGGUUCUGUAUCUGGACCGACCCACUGAAGGCAGUCGGGUCCUUCUGAAGGUCGUCAAAGUCCGCAUUCACCAUGGUGACCAAUCGAUCAACACCUAUGCCAUACUUGAUGACGGUUCAGAGAGAACUAUGCUGUUGCCAGAUGCUGCAGAGAAACUAGGUGUGCAGGGGACUAAAGAGGACUUACCACUACGCACAAUUAGAGAGGAAGUGCAGACCCUCAGGGGUGCAUCAGUGUCAUUCUCCAUUUCUUCGCCGUCGAAGCCAAAGACCAAGUUCAAGAUUACGGGUGCAUUCACCAGUGCUCGCAUUGGACUAGCUGCCCAUACCUACGCCAUGGAGCAACUCCGGAACACCUACAAGCACCUUAUUGGCCUUCCCAUACGGACUCUUACAAACGUUAAGCCCCUGCUUCUCAUUGGGAGUGACCAUCCCCAUCUCGUCACUCCCAUUGAACCUGUCAGAUUGGGACCUCCAGGUGGGCCUGCUGCCAUUCGCACAAGGCUGGGCUGGACACUGCAGGGCCCAGCGAGUGUAGUCCGCCACCUCGCCCAACCACAGCAGUGUUUAUUUACAACAGUAGCACCCCAGGUGAGCGAGCUGAUGAAGCAUGUUGAGAGAUUAUGGCAGGUUGACACUGUCCCAUUCAGAAGCGAGAAAGUAGUUACUCGUUCAAGGCAGGACCAAGAGGCCAUCGGCAUCCUUGAGACCAAAACCAUCAGGGUAGAGGUUGAUGGCAUUCUACGUUACGCCACCCCGCUGCUCCGCCGGAGAGACAUGCCACUCCUUCAGGCUACUAAAGAAGCAGUCAUGCCUAGUUUACGAAGUGUAGAAAGGCGACUGGCCAGAGACCCUGCACGGGCAGAAGCUUACAGAGUGGAGAUGGAGAAACUGAUAAAGGCAGGCUCUGUCAUCAAGCGUGGACCGGAAGUUCCUGCCGAGGAAGGUCGUGAGGCAUGGUACAUCCCUCACCAUAUGGUGAGCCAUAAUGGCAAGAAUCGGCUGGUAUUCAACUGCUCCUAUCAGCAUCGAGGGCAGAACCUCAACGACCAUCUGCUGCCUGGGCCUACCUUAGGGGCAUCACUACUGGGGGUUCUGCUACGAUUUCGCGAGCAUGCAGUUGCAGUUAGCGGAGACAUCAGAGGCAUGUUCCACCAAGUUCGCCUCCUCCCAGAAGAUCGUGCUCUGCUCAGAUUCCUUUGGCGCGACGUCAGUCAAGAAGGACCUCCUGCAGUGUAUGAGUGGCAGGUGCUACCGUUUGGAACAACAUGUAGCCCAUGCUGUGCCACCUUUGCCUUGCAGCGCCACGUCUCUGAUAACAGCCAGCCAGAUGAAGAGGUGAGGAUCUCAGUCGAGAAAUGUUUUUAUGUGGAUAACUGCCUCCAGAGUGUUCCCACAAUAGCUGAGGCGAAGCACCUUGUCGACAAACUACGAGCCCUUCUUGCAUCUGCAGGCUUCGAUCUGCGUCAGUGGGCCAGCAACGAACCAGAUGUAACAAGUCACCUACCAGAAGAGAGUUGCUCAGCUAGUGUUGAGUUAUGGCUGGCUCAGGACAAGACCGAUACCCCAGAAUCUACUCUAGGGCUAAGCUGGCUCUUCCACACUGAUGUCCUUGGCUACAAGCAUCGUCAUGUGGAGUACGGUGUCCCCACGAUGCGUAAUAUCUACAAGGUGUUGGCGAGUCAGUACGACCCCCUGGGGUUUAUUCUACCCUACACCACCAGGGCUAAGAUAAUCGUCCGACACCUGUGGGACAAACACAGGGGAUGGGAUGAUCCACUACUACCGCAGGAGCUUCUGCAGCAGUGGAAAGCCUGGGAAGAAGAACUACAAAUCUUACCUCAAGUCACCCUGCCCCGACCGUACAUGUCGAAGGACGUGGACAUCUCCGGUCUUCAGAGAGAGGUGCAUGUAUUUUGCGAUGCCUCAGAAGAGGCUUAUGGCUCAGUGGCGUACCUCCGGACCACUGACAGACACGGUGAAGUUCAUCUGUCAUUCCUGAUGGCCCGUUCCAGAGUCGCUCCCAAGCGAUUUCACUCUAUGCCCCGAUUGGAACUCUGUGCUGCCCUUACUGGUGCACAGCUCUCACAGAUGCUGAAGAGGGAGCUUACCAUCCACAUUGAUCAGACAACCCUUUGGUCAGAUUCCACAACGGUGCUGACAUGGCUGAAGUCUGAAUCCUGCCGAUUCAAGGUCUUUGUGGGCACCCGCGUGGCCGAGAUACAGGAGCUGACUGACAGGCAUGCCUGGAGAUAUGUUGAUACCGCAAGGAAUCCUGCUGAUGACGUAACACGAGGGAAAAGGCUGCGAGAGCUUGUUCAGCCAAAUAGAUGGAGCCGGGGACCCACUUUCCUCCUGACUAGUCCAGACUCAUGGCCAGAGGACCCCGCUGUUGACCAAGCAGAAGAUCCCUCAGAGCUGCGCAAGUCUACCUUCUGUGGGGUUUCCGCAGUUGCAUCAAGCCAGUGUACUUCAGACAUGGGCCAAUACGGCUCUUGGAAGGAGCUGCUGGAAGAGACCGUGCAGGAGCUGCAUGGGGCGGCCAACCCUAAUGAUAAGCCCACAGCUGAAGACUACCGACAGGCUGAACAGUUGAUACUGCAGAGGGCUCAGAGGGAUAGUUUUCAGCAGGAGUACAGCCUGCUGAAAGCGGGUAAGCCAGUCCCCAGCAGCAGUCGACUCCGCACGCUGUCUCCAGAGCUGGAUGAAAAGGGAGAGCUCAUUCGGGUUGGAGGACGACUCCGUCGAGCAGAAGGCCUAGAACUGACCACUCUACAUCCAGUCAUCUUAGACCCAGGUCACCGAGUGACUACGCUUCUGAUCCAAGACUUUGACGACCGCCUCCGCCACCCAGGUCCAGAGCGGGUGUUCGCCGAGCUUCGACGCUCCUUCUGGAUCCUGCAAGGGCGUGAGGCUGUCCGGCGCUACCAGUACAGCUGUGCUGACUGCCGACGAUGGAGGGCAAAACCUGCAGUGCCGAGGAUGGCAGACCUGCCAUCUGCCCGUCUGCGCCUUUUCAAGCCUGCUUUCUAUUCUACAGGAAUGGAUUGCUUUGGGCCAUUUGAGAUCAAAGUGGGCCGACACCGGGAGAAGAGAUGGGGGAUCAUCUUCAAGUGCCUCACAACUAGGGCGGUGCACUUGGACCUCCUUACCUCUAUUGACACUGACGCCUUUCUGAUGUCCCUUCGUCGGUUUAUCGCCCGUAGAGGAACGCCUGCAGAGCUGUUCUCCGAUCAGGGGACAAAUUUCAAGGGAGGUGAGCGAGAACUCUGUGAGACCUUCGUUGGAAUGUCUAAUGAACUACAACAUCUCCUUGCACCACAGAAGAUCUCCUUCCGCUUUAACCCCCCAGCAGCUCCCCACUUCGGAGGGGUGUGGGAGAGGGAAAUACGCUCAGUUAAGAGCGCGCUCUAUGCCACAGUCGGUGCUCAACCUGUACCUGAAGAAGUGCUUCGCACUGUACUUACUGAGGUGGAAGGGAUCCUCAACAGUAAGCCAUUGGGUUACGUGUCUUCAGAUGCCAGCGACCCAGAUCCAGUGACUCCCAGUGUUCUUCUUAUGGGGCGGCCUGAUGGUUCGCUACCUCAGGUAGUCUACCCCGAAAGCGAGCUCAUCUGUCGACGCCGUUGGAAACACUCCCAAGUUUUGGCUGAUCACUUUUGGGCCCGUUUCAUCCGGCUCUAUGUGCCGGGUCUGCAAGCUCGCCAGAAGUGGCAGGCUACACCAGCUGAUAUCGAAGGGGACUGUGUAGUGAUGAUCGCUGAUCCACAUCUUCCGAGGGCCCUCUGGCCCAUUGGGAGAGUGGUCAAGACUCAUCCUAGCCCUGAUGGGCACAUCAGGUCCGCUGAUGUAAAGGUGAAGGAGAGAAUCUACACCCGGCCAGUUGCCAGGCUGGUUGUCCUCCCUGCACUUCCUUCUGGAGAAGAUGGAGAUGGUUCCACUCCUGCUACUACAACCCAGCCAUAGAACUUUGUUGCCUUUUAUUGAUGAGCAAAUGUAUUACCUACAUUUGGGGGCGGCUGUAGAAAAGGCCCCAAAGUUAUGUUGGUGUUGUAAUUGUUUGGUACAGUUGACCAUAUUGUGUUUUGUGUCUCCCGUUUGCUCUUGUUUAUUCAGUGCUUGUAACAGAGUGGCCAAAGCGUGUGCUGAUUGGUAUAUUAGAGGUGACGUCACACAGUUAAUAAGCAGUAAGAUAGUUAGUCGGUCAGUUGUACUGUAGUUGUGAGCAGCAUCUUGCUUCAGA